AUGGCAUCAAAAAUGACUCGAUAUCAAAGACACCGUAUGGCUGAAAAUUAUUUGGUCAUAUGGGUCGAUGGAAAUAUCGACAUGGCAAAUCAAGAUUGCCAAAAUACAAUGGAACAAUUACGUGCUGUCGUCAAUCAAGUCAAGCCAUGUGAGACAGCGGAACAAUGUAUACAACAGCUUACAGAAAAUCAAGAGGAGAUCUCAUUUGUUAUCUCCUCAGGUGCUCUUGGCCAACACCUGGUACCAGAUAUUCAUGAUAUGGCAAAAUUAAAUGCCAUUUUCAUAUUUUGUGGCAAUAAACAACGGCAUCAAGUAUGGGCGCAAAAUUGGCCGAAAAUUAAAGGUGUUCACACCUCAAUCAAACAUAUUUGUGACAAAUUGGCAACAACAAUCAAACAAUGCAAUCAAGAUCACAUGUCGUCGAUUGUUUUAUCAGCACAUGCUCCUCCAGUUGGACCAACAUGUGGACAAUGUAUAGAUGGUAAUAAAGUUGUUAAAAAUUUACCAUCUUCAGUUCAAGUUCGAGUCGUUCGUACUGUAUCAUUUGCACCUAGAAUUUAUUUAUUUAAAAAAAAAGAAAAAAAUUUCAAUACGAUUCAUAUGAUUUCAAUUCCAUUAGAUUUAAUAAAUUUUAUAAAUAAUAUUAUUAUUUUAUUAAUUUAUUUAAUAUGUUAA